CUAACUUUUAUAAAAAAAAAUUAAAAAGUACAUUUUUUCAAAUAUGAUGUCAACUGUCCCAGAUGAUAAUGUAUUUCAGAUCAUAGAGGAAGCCAAGAUACAUGAGAAACAAAAAGUUAAAGCUCAAUUGCCUGAUUGGCUUGAAGAUCCAACAUAUUUUUCUAAUGACCCUAAUAAUGAUGACAUAAUUGAUGGCCAUUCUUCCUCGUCUAUUAUACAAUUGCUCUCAACUGAAAUACGGAAAACUUUAUUAGAAAACGAAAUUUAUAGAUUGUUUCCAGUUCAACGUGCUAUUAUAGCUAAAAUGUUAUACAACAAUUCAAAAAAUCAAAAUUAUAUGUAUCUAAUAGACUCACUUAUGAGGCCUCAGGAUAUAUGUGUAAAAUCUCCUACUGGGAGUGGCAAAACAUUAGCAUAUGCUUUACCUAUUAUUCAACAUCUUUAUUUGAUUAAAAAAAAUUUUAAUGCAUCAUCUAUACAUAAAAAUAUAUCAGAUGGCAAAAUUAAAGCAUUAAUAUUGCUACCUACUAAAGAUCUAGCACACCAAGUUAACAAAAUCUUUGAGAUAUUUAGUGCAAAUUUGGGGAUUAAAGUAGUUAUGAUAACAGGUGAUAAAAAUAUUGAGCUUGAGAGAAAAAUGAUUAUUGAAAAUUAUAAAUCAUUAGAUGAUAAUUCUUAUAAUACAAAUGUUGAUAUAUUAGAAAAUUAUUUUGAUCAUAAACCAAAAUCUAAGGUAGAUAUUAUUAUAGCAACACCUGGAAGAUUAAUAGAUCAUAUAUAUAGCACAGAUGGAUUUGAUUUAAAUAAUUUAAAAUAUAUUGCAAUUGAUGAAGCUGACAGAAUGUUACUAGAUAUUAAACAAGAUUGGUUAUUCCAUUUGGAAAGAGCCCUGACUACAACUAAUUACUUUAAUUGGCCACCUAGAAAAAUGCUUUUUUCUGCUACAUUUUCACCAGAACCUUCCAGACUAUCUAAACUUAACCUAUUCUUACCAGUGUUAUUUGAAAGCAAGGCUUUUCAUCCUCAUGCAACUCUUACGCCAAUUCCGAAUAACGCUAAAUAUAGCCUACCUCCAUCCUUGCAACAAUUUUAUAUGGUAUGCCCUACCAAGGUCCAAAAACCUUUAUAUCUGCUAUGGUUAUUGUUUAAUUUGGAUUACUUGUCAAAGAAUCGAGCUUCAGGAAAGGAAAAAAGUGAGACAAAGAACCCCAUGAGGAGAGUUCUGUGUUUCACUAAGUCCGUUGAAUCUAGUGUCCGACUCGCAAAAUUGCUCAAUUUUACGAAUAUUCUUGUACACCCUGCCAAAGAAUUCAGCAGUCUGAACAAUAGGGUGAUUUGCAAGAAGAUCCUGAAAUCUUUCCAGUCCUCCACCACACUUCCUGCACCACAAAAAAUUCCCUACUUGAAACAAAAUUAUGACAACGCGCAUUCGAAUUUGCGAAUCGACGAUCUCAAAAUAUUGGUUUGUUCCGAUUUGAUGGCCAGGGGCAUGGAUCUGAAAUUUUCUUCCCAAGAUCUCAAUAAUUUGAUAGUUUUGAAUUACGACGUCCCAAUAAAGAUAAAAAAUUACGUUCACAGAUGCGGAAGGACCGCCAGGGCCGGGUCUAUGGGCCAAGCCGUAACGUUCGUCGAGGAUGUACAACUUCAAAAUUUUAAGAACAUGUUUACGAAGGCUAAUUGGUGCCGCGAUAACCUUAUAGAUACCUUUUGUCAUCCGUUAACCGCCGACGAUUUAGCCAUGAAGCCGAGCUUAAAUGACCCAGGGACGGAUUUGAAAAAGGGAGUCGAGUCCGAAGAUUUGCAAGCUAUUUACCAAAAAGCGCUGAAAAAAUUGAAGAAAUUUAUUUGCACUUCGCCAUUGGUCAAGAAAAGGCGGGGCUUAAAAAGGAAAAUUUAAUAUUCUUAUUUUGAUUGAUUGAUUGAUUGAUUGAUUGACUAUUCCGUCACUUUUUAUUACUUAUAUUAUCACGUGUUUUAUUAAUCAAUUAUUUAUGUUCCCGUAUUAUUUAAGAUGUUAUUAUUCGACGCAAAACAUUUACCUUAACCUCGUGACUUAUGCUUUACCUUGAUGAAACAAGAAGCUAAAUUCGAUCCCUAUUUAAAUAAUUUUAUUUUAGAAGAUCAUGAUUCUUGGUUAAUUUGUUUUGUGCCUGACGAAAUCAACUUCCAGAAUAACGAAUUCCUAUUUUCCCAGGGCUGUAUAAGGCUUUCCCCACCUGAGUCUAUUAUCAUCACUUUCAUAAAAUAAUAGAGGGCAGAAAUAGGGUUAAAUGAGCUACAAUUUUCCUUUACAAGUCCUCUUCAAUGUUUCAUAUAAGAUGAAUUAACACUUAUUAAUUUUUUUUAAAAUAAUAAAAAUUUUAUAUGAAUAUAUUUUAUGCGAUUAUAUAUUUUUACCCAUAUCUAUUAUAUUGAAAU